AUGUGAUUUCUGCAAAUGGGAGGUGGCUGCUCUUCUCUCUCUUCCUCCUCCUCCUCUCCCAUUGCAUCCGCUCUCUCUAUUUCCUCUCAUCCCUCCUCUUUCCCACCAAAAUCUACACCGUUCUAUUUCCCUGGUUUUUCAGCAGCCCGUUUUCACAACCCUAGAAAUCUCUCGACCCAUUUGAGAAAUCUGACGCCUUUGAGGUCUGGGAGAGCCCUGGAGAUGGAAUUACAGAAGCCCGUGUUCGAAGUCGAUAGGUUUGACGAUGAACUUGUUCAGAAGAUGGUGUAUGAUGCUCUUGUUUGGUCCUCCCUUCAUGGGCUUGUCGUUGGUGACAGAGGUUCUGAGAAAUCAGGAAAAGUACCCGGGAUCGGGUUGGUGCAUGCCCCGUUUGCCUUGUUACCAACACCAUUCCCUGAAAGUCACUGGAAGCAAGCAUGUGAUGUAGCUCCCAUUUUCAAUGAGUUGGUUGACAGAGUUAGCUUGGAUGGACAGUUUAUACAGGAUAGUUUGUCCAGAACAAAGAAAGUCGAUGCCUUCACAUCUAGACUUCUUGACAUUCACUCCAAAAUGCUAGAACUCAACAAGAAAGAGGAAAUACGUUUAGGGUUGCACCGGUCCGAUUAUAUGCUCGAUGAAGAAACAAAAUCACUACUUCAGAUAGAGAUGAAUACUAUUUCAUCCUCGUUUCCGGGCCUUGGUUGUCUUGUCAGCGAGCUACACAGUACCUUGCUUCGGUAUUACAGGGAUGACCUGGGGCUUGACUCAGAAAGGGUACCCAGAAAUGCCGCCGUAAGUGGAUUUGCUGAUGCAUUGGCUAAAGCUUGGACUGUGUACAACAAUCCAAGGGCUGUAGUCAUGGUUGUGGUGCAGCCACAAGAACGCAACAUGUAUGAUCAACAUUGGUUGUGCAGCGUAUUGAGAGAAAGGCACAACAUUGUAUCUAUCAGGAAGACUCUAGCAGAAGUAGAAGAGGAAGGACAGAUUCAACCUGAUGGGACCCUCGUUGUUGGUGGCAAAGCAGUUUCAGUCGUUUAUUUCAGAUCUGGUUAUUCACCCACUGAUUACCCAUCCGAAGCAGAGUGGAGUGCUAGGACACUUAUAGAGCAGUCAUCGGCUGUGAAAUGCCCGUCUAUAGCUUAUCAUUUAACCGGCACAAAGAAGAUCCAGCAAGAACUCGCAAAACCGGGUGUUCUUGAGAGGUUCCUCGACAAUGAAGAAGACAUUGCUAAACUGAAGAAAUGCUUUGCCGGGCUAUGGAGUCUAGACGAUCCAGAAAUCGUCAAGAAAGCAAUCGAAAAUCCCGAAACGUUCGUCAUGAAGCCUCAGAGAGAAGGCGGAGGAAACAAUAUCUAUGGAGGUGAUGUGAGGGAAAAGCUUCAAAGCCUGCAGAAAGAAGGAAACGAAGAAAAUGCUGCUUACAUUCUGAUGCAGAGAAUAUUCCCAAAGGUCUCGAGAACGUUCUUGGUGCGUGAAGGCAUUUACCGCAAGGAUCAAGCCAUUUCAGAACUUGGAGUCUAUGGAGCUUAUCUCAGGAACAAGGACAGAGUGAUAAUAAACGAGCAGAGCGGUUACCUUAUGCGCACGAAGGUGUCUUCCUCGAAUGAAGGAGGCGUAGCAGCUGGUUUUGCCGUCUUGGACAGCAUUUACUUGACCUGACUGAUGGCUGACACAGAGAAUCUCCUCCUCCAUGUUUUCUGCUGUUUUGUUUUGGCUGUUUCUGUAUCAUCGUACAUUUGUAAGAUUUGAUUGUUUCUUGGAGCAAACAGGAAAAGCUUCAUUGUUCAGAGAAAGCCCAUGAAAUCAAACUAGAGGUUUUCACAAUAAACAGGUUGUAAUCUUGAACUUGCCA